UUAAAGGGCCGUCUCGCUAGGCGGUAGCGGGAUGUCCCCGCACUGACCGCCCUGGGCCCGCGCCCGCCCGCGUAAACGCGCCCGGCCCGACCCCGCGCCACCAUGUAAACGGCGCCCGCAGGCGGACGCCGGCUUCUCCGCCCGGGACCCCUUUGCCCUGCCCCGGGCCCCAGGGCCCUCGAUGAGGACACACCAUGCUGACCGGGGUGACCGAUGGGAUCUUUUGCUGCCUGCUGGGCGCGCCACCCAAUGCUGUGGGGCCCCUGGAGAGUGUGGAGUCCAGUGAUGGCUACACCUUUGUGGAGGUCAAGCCUGGCCGCGUGCUGCGGGUGAAGCAUGCUGGACCCGCUCCGCUCCCCACCCCACCUCCACCACUGUCAGACGCCGCCCAGGGGGACCAGUCUGGCUUGGUCCACUGCCAGCGCAGAAUCACCGUGUACCGCAAUGGGCGGUUACUGGUGGAGAACCUGGGCCGGGCACCACGAGCUGACCUCCUGCACGGGCAGAACGGCUCUGGGGAGCCACCAGCCGCUCUCGAGGUAGAGCUGGCUGACCCAGCGGGCAGCGAUACCCGCUCGGGCCCAGGCAGUGCUGGGAGUGGCAGUGGCGGACGACGGCGGCGAGCCCGACGCCCCAAGCGGACCAUCCACAUUGACUGUGAGAAGCGCAUCACCAGCUGCAAGGGCGCCCAGGCCGAUGUGGUGCUCUUUUUCAUCCACGGUGUCGGCGGUUCCCUGGCCAUCUGGAAGGAACAGCUGGACUUCUUUGUGCGCCUGGGCUACGAGGUGGUGGCGCCCGACCUGGCCGGCCACGGGGCCAGCUCAGCGCCCCAGGUGGCCGCCGCCUACACCUUCUAUGCACUGGCAGAGGACAUGCGUGCCAUCUUCAAGCGCUAUGCCAAGAAGCGAAACGUGCUCAUUGGGCAUUCUUACGGUGUCUCCUUCUGCACGUUCCUGGCUCAUGAGUACCCAGAUCUGGUGCACAAGAUGAUCAUGAUCAACGGCGGGGGCCCUACGGCACUGGAGCCCAGCUUCUGCUCCAUCUUCAACAUGCCCACGUGCGUCCUGCACUGCCUGUCACCCUGUCUGGCUUGGAGCUUCCUCAAGGCUGGCUUCGCCCGCCAAGGGGCCAAAGAGAAGCAGCUGCUGAAGGAGGGCAAUGCGUUCAAUGUGUCUUCCUUUGUGCUUCGGGCCAUGAUGAGUGGCCAGUACUGGCCCGAGGGCGAUGAGGUCUACCAUGCUGAGCUCACCGUGCCCGUCCUGCUCGUCCAUGGCAUGCACGACAAGUUUGUGCCGGUGGAGGAAGACCAGCGCAUGGCUGAGAUCCUGCUCCUGGCCUUCCUGAAGCUCAUCGAUGAAGGCAGCCACAUGGUGAUGCUGGAGUGUCCGGAAACGGUCAACACGCUGCUCCACGAAUUCCUGCUCUGGGAGCCCGAGCCCUCGCCCAAGGCCCUGCCCGAGCCCCUGCCCACGCCCCCAGAGGAAAAGAAGUAGCCGCUGAGCUGGCAGGGUAGCGCUUAGUGAGCCGAGGAGCCUGAGGAGGGGCCCGGAGCCGGAGUUGGGUCUGCCGCCCGCGAGGACCACCUGGGCGGGCCGUUCGCUCCAGUGGGCGGGGUCAGGUCAGAGAGACGCCCCCCAGGCCGGCUGGGCAGGACGUGGCGUUCGUGGGAGCCAGGUGGACACACCGCUCUCUGCUAGUCCUGCGGGACCCAUCGGUUUUUCGGGGCCAUAGCCGGGACCCCCGCGGAGGAUGACCUUGUACAGAAGCCCCCUACCCCAAAACGCCAGGGCCGAGGCAGGCCACCACCCCGCUCUCUGUCUUCCGUGUUCGCCGUGCUUGAUCCUGGGACCCACGAGCCCCGCAGGGACCUUCGAGACCCCGCCCCAAUGCCCGAGACCCCUUACCACCCCCCAUUCCUCGGCGCUGGGAGCUAUUGUGGCCCAAGGAGGGAGGGUUUGGGAGGGGCUGGCACCACCGAACCCGCACAUCUCAACUUGUAACUCAAUAAAAAGUGACAAUCUGA